CCGAAAUUUGUUCAGAAUACCACAUCACAUGUGAACUGAGUCGACCUUGUCCAAGCUGAGGCCUUUCACUCCGAACUGUUCAAAUCUCUUUACAAAAUCGAAGGUACUUCUCUCAAUCCCAUCUUUCUUACCUUUCAAUCUCUCGUUUUCUCACAUCUUUGUAAUCCAUGGCAAUACCAUCAAUUUCUCGUUUUCUCACAUCUUCAAUUCGCCCCAAACCCCCCAAUUUUUCACUCACAACAACCCUUGCAUUCACAACCUCUUCCUCAUCAGACAAUUACUGGACCCAUUUGCAGAAAAAUGGUUCAAACGUAGAAAAAACCCUAAACAAAGUUAAGGCCAAACUGGACACUACAUGUGUUAAUGAGGUUAUAUCUAAGUGUGCCCUUAAUCAACCUCUUUUGGGUCUUAGGUUCUUUAUUUGGGCUGGUCUUCAACCUAGCUAUAGACAUAGUUCAUAUAUGUAUAGCAAAGCUUGUCAAUUGUUUGAUAUUAAUCGAAACCCUCGAAUGGUUACUGAUGUUCUUGAGACUUAUCGGGUUGAGGGGUGUUUGGUUAGUGUUAAGACAUUCAAGAUUGUUUUGAAUUUGUGUAGAAAGGCUAAUCUUGCUGAUGAGGGUUUGUGGGUUUUGAGGAAGAUGAAGGAAUUUAAUUGUCGCGCGGAUACAACGGCUUAUAAUGUCGUUAUCGGGCUGUUUUGUGAUAAGGGAGAUAUGGAUGUCGCUGCAGAGUUGAUGAGUGAGAUGGGUUUGAUUAAUUUGUAUCCUGAUAUGAUUACUUAUAUUGCAAUGAUUAAAGGGUUUUGUAAUGCCAGUAGGCUGGAGGAUGCUUGUGCACUUUUUAAAGUUAUGAGGGGUCACGGCUGUUUGCCCAAUGCAGUGGCAUAUUCUGCCCUUCUUGAUGGGGUUUGUAGGUUUGGGAGUUUGGAAAAGGCAUUGGAGUUGUUGCUAGAGAUGGAGAAAGAGGGUGGGGAUUGUAGUCCAAAUGUUAUAUCAUAUACUUCUGUUAUUCAAGCAUUUUGUGAGAAAAGUCGGACAAUGGAAGCAUUGCAAAUUUUGGAUAGAAUAGAGGCUAACGGUUGUUCUCCAAAUAGGGUGACAAUCAGUACUUUGAUGAAGGGGCUUUGCACUGAAGGACAUGUAGAGGAGGCUUAUAAGAUGAUUGACAAAGUUGUUGCAGGAGGUAGUGUUCCAGAGGGUGAGUGCUAUAGUUCUCUUGUGGUGUCUUUGCUAAGAAUUAAAAAACUUGAAGAGGCAGAGAAGCUUUUCAGGAGGAUGCUAGCUAGUGCAUUGAAGCCUGAUGGUUUGGCUUCUAGCAUUAUGAUAAAGGGUCUUUGUUUGGAGGGACGGGUGUUGGAUGGGUUUCACUUGUACAAUGAAAUUGAGAAGAUGGAUUGCUUGUCUUCCAUCGAUUUGGAUAUUUAUUCUAUUCUUUUGGCUGGUCUUUGUAAAGAAAGUCAUUUGGUGGAAGCUGCAGAACUUGCUAGAUUAAUGGUUGAGAAAAAAAUCCAACUGAAAGCUCCUUAUGUGGACAAUAUAGUUGAACAUCUGAAGAUUUCUGGCGAAAAGGAACUUUUUCCCCAUCUCACUAGUAUAUAGAAGUGAUUUUGUGCAAAGAUUGAAUUCAAUCUAUUUCAGAAGUUCUGCUUUUUAAACAUGUGAAUGAGAUUAGAUCAAAUGAUUUAAUAGUGAGAAAACAAGCUUGAGCCGCAUUGGCAGUUGAAACAUUUCUAACACAGAGGAAACAGGCUUGAGGCUGACUGCUGUCAAAUUGCACUUGCUUUUCUCCACAAAGUGCCUUGGUUUCUGUUGUUUCAUAGCAUGGUUGAACUUCCUUUGGGCUUAAUCAAUCCAAAAGGCCAAGUUAACUGAUUGUUUCUAAUUAAGUUUAGUGAUGAGGGUGUGUUGUGGGUUACUUAUGGUUACUGCGUUGAGGUUGGUAAGUGGUAGACACAACAAAGAUCACGUUAUUGGAAAUUGUGUUUUUCUGUGAUAAACCAGCUUGUCACAGCCCAUCUGAAAAAUCCUUUCCUUUGAAGACUUUAUAAUUUCAGUGUGGGCAUCAAACUAAAUUCGAAAGCAUUUCUGCAGCCUAUUAUGCAUCAUGGAUGGUAAUUGACUUAAUAUCACUUCUUUGAGCUCUUGUUGGUUUUGUACAUAACUGCCAAAGAAGUUCCUUACUUCAAUGGCUGUUUCUACUCUUUAUUCAAUAAGAUCAUUGUUCAGCUUUCAGAGAAGCCUUUAAUGAGGAACAGUAAUUUCCCAUCCGAGUGCUUUCAAAAAUAAAAUGAAAAUGAAAAAGAACAAGAGGGAGAGGGCGAGGAAAAAAAUCUAUGGAACCCACCUUUUCUUUUUUCUUUUUUGUUGUUGUUGUUGUUUUUUUUUUUUUAUGGGGGGGUGGGGUGGGUAAUGGAGUUGAAAGUGGACUGAUAAUGUUUGUAGGGCAGAAAGCUCGAAGGCCUAAAAGCAAAGGCAAGAUUUUGCUCUCCUUGUUUCUUCUUAUGCUAUGGGCAUAACUCAAUGUAUUUCCCCGUUUUGUUGUAUAUUACCAGAGUUUUCAAAUAUUUGAGGUUUAUUUAACUCCACAUAUAAACUGCUGAAGUUUCCAUACAUAUAAAUUUGCAAAGUCUCAAGCCUUUGUGAUUUUUUCGAAUUAGUUUAUUUGUUUCUGAGUCCACAAAGAUUGUAAAAAUUACCUCAAUAAGAAAAUUUUUAAAAAAUUACUGUAGGCAAAGUUGUCAUAAAGUGAAACCAGCCAUUGGUAAUUACCUGAUAUCUUCUUGAAGGUUUGACUGGUGUAGAGCACCAUUUUUUUUGGAGAUGAUCACCUAUUUAAGCAUAUUCCAUGUAAUGUUGGGUUAUGAAGGAGUCAAUUUCGCCAACAUGUUCUCCAAUCCAGACAUCAAAUUUUGUUUUCAGUUUAAUCAAUUUCUCUUUCAAUACUUCGCAUAUAUUACAUUUUAUAUAGGUGAAUCACGACAAUGUGACAAACUUCUAUACUCUGAUAAGCAUCAGGAACCACCUUGUUUGAAGUGCUGCAUUGCAGCAUGUGAUGGUUAGAACCUCUACAGAUGGACUCUAAUUGAAAAUGGAUUUUGGUAAUCUGGCAUCAUCAGAGUUUAUGAAAGCAAUUUCAAUGGGGGGAAGAGUGGAAUGCUGGUUUGAUAAAGGGAUGCAGAGUUGGAGAAGAUAGAGCCCGUGCAUCCAUUAUUGGCAAUUAAAGACCUCUCACCAAGACUUGGACAUUGCCAAAUUAAAGUUCCGAAUGACUUCCUUUGAUUGCCAAGAAAUUGUGGUGGCAGUUGACAUCAACAACAGGCGCCACCAUCCAAUUCCUCAAACAUUUUACAUGUAAUUUUGCUUUUCUUUUAUUUUUCUUGACGAUCUGAUAUUAGUCCAGUUGUGAACAACAUUCAAUAAUCUUUUUCUAGGUGAUAAAUAAAUUUCAGGUUUUUCAUUUUCUUA